GUCAACAAUUAUAAUAAAUAUUAUACAGUAAUUUAAAUUUAUAGGAUUAGGAACACCUUUACAUGUGGAUGUUCUUUAAUUUAUUAGCAACUGUCAACCGUAAAAUAAAAUUGACUGUAGUAUUUAUUACUAUUAUAUAGCUAAUUUUCUUUAAAAAAAAUUAAUAUGAAAUAAAACUUCACAAAUUAUUCAAUGUUAUGGUACUUUAGUUAAAAUGUUUUGCAGAACUAUUGGUUUAGGUAUACUUAGUGGUUCGAUAGCGACUGCUUACUCUGUAUACGAUAAUGAUUUCAACAUUGAUUCAGUCGGCAUUGUUCGAUUUAGUCGAGCUACUAUCACGGUAAGAGAUUUAUUUCUUAUUUUAACAAUUUAACUAAACAUAAACUAGACAUAUUAGUAAAACAGUCAAAUUAUAGGGUUUACAUGUUAUGUACCAUUACAAAACUACUCUAUAUGCACCAUCAGUUGACAAAUUGUUACCGAAUUAUCAAGAAAUAAGAUCUAAAGUAUGUUUUUAGUAUUUUAUUGUGAUAUUAACUAUUUUAACUAAUAUGAUUGUGGAAUUAACUGCUACAAUUACUUAUUUUUAGUCUCAUGGAAAAGCAGCUGAAAUGUUGUUAGAACUUUGCCGUGUAAACAAAGGUGUUUAUAUUAAGAUUGGACAACAUAUAGGAGCAUUAGAAAACUUAUUUCCUAAAGAAUACACUGACACAUUAAAGGUUUUGCAUAGUCAAGCGCCCAUUACACCAUUGAAAUUAAUUUACAAAGUGAUCAAAGAGGACUUAAAACAUGAUGUAAAGUGUAACAUUAUAAAAACUGUGAAAUUAUAUUAUGUGUUAUAGCCAUAUUCAAAAUCAGAUAAUUUUGUCUAUAUAAUUAAUUCUUACAGGAAAACAGUAUAUUAUGCAGGGUAAUUAAUUUAGUGUAUAAUAUUCAUUAUUUCAUUAAAGUAUUGACUCUUUUCAAAUACAUUUUUUUUUUUUAUUCUUAUUUGUAGAUGAAAAGACUGCCUGUUUUUAGUUUUCAAGUGGUAGUCUAAAUUUAUUAAUUAUUAAAAUACAUUUUAGUCUUAAAAUUGUUUAUUUCUGUCAGCCUGUUGAUUAUAUAUUCCACUUAUGAAUUUAAGUAAAGAGUGAUCAUUUGGGUGGUAGUACUGCAUCCUUCAUUUGCUCCACUACUCACUCCUUACUUAAACUUAAAAAUGGAAUAUCACAACAAAAGCUGACAGAAAUCAACAAUUUCAAAAUCAAAAUUUAUUUAAACUAACUCCAUCUAUUUAUGGAAUUUUUAAUAUAAGUUCUAUCUUGAAAUCAGAAGCAAAUAGUAUUAUCUCCUCUUUAAAAUAAAAUGACGAAUAAUAAUUAAAAUAUAACAUUUUAGAUCUGUUGGUUUCUUAGAUUGUCAAAAUAAUUUUUUUUGAAAAAGUCAAUACUUGGAAAAAUAAUAAGUGCUGUAUGAAUGAAUCAGCAUGUAUAGAUUACAGUAUAUGAUAUAUAUAAAUGGUACAAUAAUGUUAUUUAAAAACAUAUUUUUGCAACAUUUUAUUUACUUAUAAAAUUAAUUGAAAUAAUUACUUUAAGAAUAUCUAAAGUAUUAAAUUUGCUUUUUUUAAUAUUUAAAAAUUUUAAACAAUUAAAAACAUUAGACUAUUUAUUAUUUCAAUUAAACAACAUAUAACAUAAGUGAAUAGAUAUAGUAUGUGAUUGUUAUGAUUAGGAUUUAAUGCUUUAAUUAUUGAUAAAAUGGAAAAAAUUAAAUAUUAUUCAAAGUAGUGUAAUUAUACUAUAAAAUAUACAAUUUCCUUAUUAAAAUAUUUGGUUUCUUAUAUAUUUAAAGGUCGAUGAAAUAUUCAGUGAAAUAGAUCCAAAACCUCUUGGUGCCGCUUCAUUGGCUCAAGUACAUAAGGCUAAGUUAAAGUCAACUGGGGAAGAUGUUGCAAUUAAAGUACAGCAUUCAUAUGUUCGCGGAGAUGCCAAAAUAGAUAUUGCUAUAAUUGAGGUACCUACCUUAAGUUUAUUUAAUUUUCAUAAUAUCAUAAUAUGAUAAAAUUAUUAUCCAUUAUUCUAUGAAAUAUAUUUAAAUAUUAUUAUUGAUUUGAUACUUUUCAGUAAUAACUAAUAAUAUGAAUUACAUUAUUUUAGAUAUUGGUAAAAAUUGGUUCCUAUAUUUUUCCUGAUUUUAAAUUUCAAUGGCUUGUAAAUCAAACUAAACAAAAUAUACCAAAAGAAUUAGAUUUUAUGAUAGAAGCAAAAAAUACUGAAACCAUUAGAUCAAUGUUCAAACACUUGAAGUGGUUAAAGGUAUUUUUAUUUAAUUAUUAAUUUGUAUACGCAUAUUAUUUAUAAAUAUAUAAACUUUAUAAAUGAUACAUAUUUAAUAAUAACAAUAAUUGAAAUAAUUGAUGAUAAGUUUUCAUAACAUACAGAUACCAAAGAUAUUCAAUGAGUAUAGUUCAUCUAGAGUUUUAACACUGGAGUUUGUUGAAGGUGGACAGAUCAAUGAUCUAGAUUAUAUUAAACAAAAUAGGUAAGUAAUUAUAAUUAUUGUGUGAUUAAACUAAAAUUGUAUAAGUAAUUAAACAUUAAAUUUAAACAAUUUAUAGUUGAGUUAACCAAAGAUAGUUUUGGUACAAAUCAUAAAACCAUAGUUAACUAUUUUAUUAAAUAAUCACAUUUAGGUUGAAAGUAGGUGAAAUAUCCAACAAAUUAGGAUGUUUGUAUAGUGAAAUGAUAUUUAAAAAUGGAUUUGUGCACAGUGAUCCUCAUCCUGGUAAUUUGUUAGUAAACAGAGAUAAAAAUGGUGAAUUAAAUUUAGUACUUUUAGACCACGGACUAUAUGCAGUAAGAUUUGAAAUAAAUUUUUUUUUUUUAAAAAAAAAGGUUAUUUUUUUAAUGCAAUUUAUUUGUUUAGACAUUAUCUGAUAGUUUUAGACUCACAUAUGCUAAAUUAUGGAUGAGUAUAUUGAAUAAUAAUCACAAUAAAAUGAAAAAAUAUUGUACCAAACUAGGAGUAGCUGAAAUGUAUGGUUUACUCGUAUGUAUGGUAGCCGGGCGUACUUGGGAUUCAGUCCAAGAUGGCAUUGUUACUAAAAAAUUAACUUCUGAUGAAGUAAUUUGAAUUGUACCUAGCAGCAAUUAAUACAAUGUUUUUACAUUCAUUUGUUUUAAUUUUAAAGAAAGAAAAAUUUCAAAGUGGAAUCCCUUUAGUGCUGACUGAAACCUUAUAUAUUCUACAAACAGUAAAUCCUCAAAUUUUAUUGUUACUUAAAACAAAUGAUUUAAUACGUGGCAUUGAUACAACUUUGGGAACAUUAUCAAAGUAAAGUAUUUUGUUUAUUUAUUUAUUUAAACUUUAAAAAGUAUAAAUAAAUUUGUGUAUGAUUAAUAUUAGGUUGACAUCUUUACGUCCAAUGACGGUAAGCUGCAUAAAUGCAGUAUAUGAUAAACCUUUACAUACAAGUUCAUUUUGGAAACGAUUAAGAACAUUAUUCCAAAAACAAUGGUCACUAUUAAGAGUUAAAUUAUUUUACCUUUAUAUAAGUUUUAUUGAUAGUGCUUAAUAAAUAUUUAUAGUUUAGUAAAAUUCAAAUUUAUUUAUUUUUAAUUUAAUUUAAUACAUACAAUUAUGAUUAUUUGUAUCCAAAUAUAAAUUUGACAUAUAUAUAUAUAUAUCUAUAUAAAAUUAAUGACUUUAUUUACAAAGUUACAAGUGUUUAAGAAGUAAAAAAUACAUGUGAUAUCAGUUAAAUGGAUCUACAUCAGUUACUAAUCCUGCAUUCAGCUCAAGUUAUAUUACAGUCCACUGCCAUUAUUCAAUUUUAUUAUACAACAAAUUAUUUUUAUUAUCUGAUGUACAUUUUUACUAUUUAGUUAAACAUGAAAUUUAUUUUGAAAAAA